AACCUGGACUUUGGGGACACGUAUAGAUGCGCAGCAGUACCACUGGAACUCGUUGGGGCGGUGUUGUGCAGUAUAUAGCUCGCUUGCACCCAUUACAAAACACGGUGAAGAAGACGAGGGCCGAGUAACGACAGAAAUGUUAGAACCAGGGAGGAGAAGUCUCCAUCCACACGCUGCUCUGUGGUUCGUGUCCACACAGAGAGCAGUCCAUUCUCCUGCUCUGUCUCUGGACCUCUGUCCGAGCAGCAACAUUAUCUCCACCUCCUCUACCGUCACCAUGUUGGUUUGUGUCUGCGACACUGACAUCAACCCGGAAAAGGAAACUGAACUCAACACAGCCCCUAGUGGAUGGUACUGCUUCACGGCCACGUCAAAUGUAAGACACACAUCACUCUGUAGGGUAUUAAAUGUCCUGCUGAGGCAGAUUUCCCUGGGUCGCAUCAGAAUGUCAUAUGGCACUGCUGUAGCCUCAGAUCACAGAGAACACAUCUGCUGCUGGCUCUACAGAAGAUGAUCUAAGGAGCUCAAACAUGGGUUCAUCUGAUGACACAGAGAAAAUGAUCCAGCGCUUGAAUGAAGAACUUCAAGAGGCCCAGGAGCGUGCAGAUACAGAACGGCAGAAGAACGUGGAGCUAAAGGGUCUCCUGGAAGAGGAGAGGAAAGACAACAGGCAGCAGGUGGAGGAAUCUGCCAAACAGAUCCAACAUCUUCAAGGUCAGCUGCAGCAGCUCCAGGAUGAAGUGGACGCUUACAACAGCGCACGUGACGAGAUUACAUCACUGAAACACGCCCUGAAAUCAGCUGCUGCAGAUCGGGAACGCGACGUUAGCGCCCUGCAGGCCGACCUGGCAAACGCCUCCUCUGAUCUGGACAAGUGGCGUCAGACGGCCAGUAAAUAUGAGCACGACGUGAAGAACCUGCAGUUGGAGUUUGAGCAGCAGAGCAAACAGUGGCAGAAAACGGCAGAAAUACAAGCUGGUGCACUGCAGUCUGUGCAGGAGGAGUGUUACGGCCUCCAGAAGGAGUGCGCUCUGCUGCGCUCUGAGAAGCAGGACCUGGUGAACAAGCAGCAGAAGGAGAAGAACGCUUUACAGAGUGAAUGUGCUGCCCUCCGGAGGGACAAGGAGGAACUGCAGUCAGAGAGAGAAGCCACGGUUCAGAAACAGCAUCAGCUGGAGAAGGAACUGAGCAGUUUAAUUUCCCAGAAUGCUGAGCUCAGCAGCAGCCUCAAAUCUCUGGAAAGUUCCCAGCAGGAGUUGGAGAAGACACUGGUGACCCUACAGAACCAGUACCAGCAGGAUAAGGUCAACUGGCAGAGCCAGCAGAGGGAGGCAGACGGUCACUGCCAGGCUCUGCAGAAAGAGUUUGAGGAGGCGGAGAAGGAGCUGUCCACACUGAAGGAGAAGUGUGAGAAGAUGGAGCAGGAGCAGCAGUCGCUGACGGAGGAGCUGGAGCAGUGUAAGGCCAACAUGAAGGACAUGGAGCAGAAGGAGACCACGAAACCCUGGAUGAUCUGGGGUCCGGUGGUGGCCGUGGCUCUGACCGCCGUCUUCGCCGCCACAGCGUCCCUUCUCUUCAGGAGUUAAAGUCGCUCACGGACGAACCACAGCCACUGAAUCUGCUGCACUAAACCUGAAGACUGGCCCCAUCGACCCCCGCUGCACCGGCUGUUAGAAGGUUUUGUCCUCGUCACUGUUUUAGGGUGUUGUCGUUUUUUAAGACGUGUUAAUGAAAGAAAGAGGAAAUAGUUUUUUGGUUGAAGAGUCUCAGAGAAAGUUGACUAAAAAGUGUUGAAGAUGUGACGUAACCCUGAGUGUUCACGCAGUAAUCCCACAGAAAAGUCAGACUUUUGUAAUGAUCACACCUGCAACGCUUCUAUCCUGGGCAACAGCGCCCCCUUCUACGUGAUGUUCCUAAAAUCCACGUGUAGUAAAUCAAAUUUAGAGAAACAGGUUUUUGACACGUAAUAAAGUCUAAUUUACUUGAAAGUUUGAACUUGAAGUGUAACGAGUGAUUGUAAUGAUCAAAAAUAAACAAAAAUACAAA